AUGGGAGAGACCUUGAAGUGGCUGGUGCACACCGUGCGGGAGAUGCAGCAGGCCCAGCAGGCGGACAGACAGGCGCUGAUGACGUGGCAGGCGGACCAACAACGGGCCCUUCAGGAGUUCAUCAGGGAGCAGUCGGCAGCCCAGCAGCAGAUGCUACAGAGGGUGUUUCCAUAUUCCCACCAGCACAGCACGGGGACAGGUUCCGUUCACACAGCGCCCUUUGUGACAGACACUCCCCCAGUGCUCCAUGCGCCCUUCCAGGCCUGCGAGGAAAGAGAGAUCCUGAGAGGCACCCACACAGCACAUCAUGAGAGAGUGAGUGAGAAUGAAGAGGAGAAUCAUAAUGCAGAAGUUCCUGGGUUGGAAUUGGAGACUCCCUCACUGGUUCCUCUAAAGAAGAACCCCAACGUUGUAGUGGUGUCUGAAAAAUACAACCUGAUGCCGAUGAAGAGACAGAGCACGUCCGCCUCCUCUGGAGACAACCCACCAGUAGAGAAGAAAUGCAAGCCUCUGAACACCACCCCCAACAGCACCAAGGAAAUCAAAGUUAAGAUCAUCCCUGCGCAACCAAUGGAGGGCUUGGGCUUCCUGGAUGCCCAGAACUCUGCCCCCUUCCCGGGGAUCAAGAUCAAAAAGAAAAAGAAAGUCUUGUCUCCUACUGCAGUCAAGGCGAGCCUGUUUGAAGGGAAGCCAGUCCCAGAAGUGAGCGCUGUUAAACCAUCCUCUCCAGAACCUGGUACUGCAUCCAAGCCCGUGGAGGUGGAUCAGCCCGGCACUCCUGUGCUGGCAGUAGAGGUCCCAGAGCUGAUGGAGACCGCCUCGUCUGAGCAGAACUCGGAUGCCAAGCCCUCCGAGAGCGCCGCUGACUCCACGCGGCUUACCAAGAAGGGCAAGAAGAAGAAGACAGUGACUUGGCCUGAGGAGAGCAAGCUGCGGGAGUACUUCUACUUCGAGCUGGAUGAGACUGAGCUAGUCAAUGUGAACAAGAUCAAGGACUUUGGCGAGGCAGCCAAGCGGGAGAUGCUGAAGGACCAGCACGCCUUCAAGACGGCGCGCCGGCUCAGCCACAACGCCAUGGGGAAGAAGGUGCCCUGGGUUUACCCCAAGCUCAUCGACCUGCCUAGCCCCUUGGUGCAGCCGGGCAGCGGCAGCCGCGAGAAGUUCACCCAGGCCGAAAGGGAGAAGGGCAUCCUGCAGGAGAUCUUCCUCUCUAAGGAGAGUGUUCCAGACAGUCUCCACGAACCCGACCCGGAGUCAUACGAACCCCUGCCGCCCAAACUCAUCCCACUCGACGAGGAAUGCACCAUGGACGAGGCCGCCUACCAGGAUGGACUUGACUCAGCCGCCGCCUCACAGUCUCUUGGCGGAUCCCGGGCCUCCAAGCUGCCUCCAGUGCUGGCCAACCUGAUGCCAGGCCCCAUGUUCCCCAAGAGCCCUCUGGACCCCAACCCCAGCUCCUCCAUGAACGUGCAGGAGAUCCGCCCCUCCAUCACGGGCGGGCCCAACAGCCACAAGACGGAGGAGCUAAUGAAACAGCCGGAUUACUCGGACAACAUCAAACACUUGCUUGGCAACCUCCAGACACAGCCCCCGGGGCCCUCAGGAGUGCCCCACGGGCUGCUGGGCCAAGGGCCUCUCGCCAAUGGAUUCCCACCUGGACCAAAGAACGUGCAGCAUUUCCCUCCCGGGGGACCAGGACCCAUGCCUGGUCCCCAUGGUGGCCCUGGGGGUCCUAACAUGCUCCCAGGUACCAGCAUGCUUGGUGGGCCCAGGAUGAUGGGCCCUCGCCCUCCCCAGCAAGACAUGUCGCACCGCCCUGUGUGUCGCCACUUCAAGUUGAAAGGCAGCUGCAGGUACGAGAACAACUGUGCCUUCUACCAUCCCGGAGUGAAUGGGCCGCCCCUUUGCAGCGCCCAGGGUCCUCCCCCCAGUCUGCCGACGCCCUGUGAAACCGCCCAACACAGCCGCCCCCGCUUCAUGGACUCUGGGGUGCCCGCUGUCAGACUUGGGCUGCAUCCACCACUUAUGGCUUCUGUGAGGCCUUGUAAUGCCCGGAAGAGGAAGAAGAAGAAGAAGAAGCAACCCCCCCUGAUGGCUGCUGCUACUGAGGAACCACUGCGGGGGGAAUUCCCCCCACAACUCAACUCCCUCCUGUAUUUUAACAUGAUGGUGGCGCUGAUGAGACAUGACUUUGCACCCCCCCAGUGACUUUUUGUAAGCACUAGAGCUGCCGCCUGUGGGUUGUUACCACUGUGU